AUGGACCAAUCAAGAAAGGAGCUGAUGGUGGAAGAUAGUUGUACCGUUCCAAGAACGCCAACCUUCGGAACUCCAUCGAGUUGUUCCCCUCUAGACACGUCUUAUCAAUUCAUCGCUUCAAGGUCUCGGAGUCCUGUUUCUGACUUUGGUAUUCCCGCAACCCCGCGCGAUGACGCGCUCACAAGAAGUCCUACUCUUUUACGCGCCCCGUCUGCUGCUAGCAGAGCUUUAUUUACUAAGAUUGAGGUUAAACAUAUUUCUAAGGUUCUGAAUGGAGGCAGUGCAGCAGGUUCGGAACCAUCCACAAGUUGGAGGACAACUUGGAGUUGUGAGAAUAACGAACUUUCCUGUGCUGAUCAGGCUUAUACAAGACCAUCAUCGGCCUUCGAUGAAAAUGGUCAUAAUAUUUCAGAGGAUAUGUCUAGGUCAAAGGAAUUGGAUGACCUUGAUGUGGGUGGAAAGACGAGAAUGAAGAGGCGCACAAGAACUGAGAAGGAGCGAAUGGGACUGGAGCGAAUGCAGAACCUUCAUCAUCGAGCACAGCAAAUGCAAAAUCUUGCCAGGAAAAUAGUUGAUGAUAUAAGACAGCGCACGUUCAUGCAUCAAGAUGUAUGGCGCACCAUAGAAAAAAUUGUGCUGGGCGACGAUAAUCUAGAAGCGCAAUUUGAUCGUUUGAAAGCAGCUUUGUUGCCAAAGCAUGCAGAUGUGCUGGCGUUGCUAUCACUGUUGACUGACGACUCAAUAUUGCCUCCUGAGCUGCUCACAAGUCCUUUGAGAAGAGGCUAUCAUGGAGCUGUACAGAUGUUAUUAGCCAUCGAAGCUUACUGCAAUGGCACACGAUCUCGAAGCUCAAAUACGAGAAGUCUGUUAAAAACUAUUGGCACCAUGGGCCAAGCUUUGAGCGAAUCAGAUUUUUGUGAUCGCUUAUCUGACCUGCUGAGUAACGAGCGACCACUGUGGAAUUACAUCCGACAGUGGCUUCCACUACCUUAUGAAGAAAACGUUACACCUGCCGAUUUCGAGUUCAUUGACUUGCGCAAGCGGACAGAGUGUGAGCUGGUGGAAGACGAUGGUGCUGAAUGUAUUGACGAUCUGAAUGCUGUGCUUGGGACACUUCCUCCUAGAAAAGGAGGACUGCUACAGGUUGCUGGGGGCCAGCUCAAUUCUCUUCAGAAUGGUACAUAUCUGCCUGUAUUGGUUACGAAAGAAAAAGAGGAUUCAGUGGAAAACAAAGAGCCGAAAGAGCCCCUUUGGACAAAAGAAUUGGACAUUAUGAUUUUGAAGACCUACAAUAGUGUUGAGGGAAGUAGCGAAGAUGUUGUGAAGGCACUGACGCAAAAGAUCUCUUACUCUACCAAGGACAUAGAAAAGAGGCUCAACUUUCUUUUAUCGUUGUUCUGA